UUACUUUUGGAUAUUCAUUUCAUCUGUUCAUCAUCAUCACCAUCUUUGAUCUUCAUCUUUGAUCAUAUCCGAUGACUCUCCCAACUAUAACAUGCAAUCCUUCAUCAUCCUGUCCAAGAUUCGCCAAUUUCUGGAGCAAUUGGAAAGGCGCGAAACCAAUCCGUUUACUGAUUUCCAUUGCCGUGGGAUUGAUAAUCUGUUUCGCCGUUCCAAAACCUGAUAAGAUACCGAUUAAAGGAUGGCAACUUCUCUCAAUCUUCCUGACUACAAUCACCGGUCUCAUUAUAAGCCCCUUGCCGGUCGGUGCUUGGGCCUUUGUAUGCCUCAUGGCAUUGGUUGCUACGAGAACUUUAACCUUCGCCGCGGCUUUUGCUGCCUUCACUAACGAUACGAUUUGGUUGAUCGUAACGUCUUUCUUCUUUUCACGCGGAUUUGUUAAGACAGGGCUUGGAGAUCGGAUUGCUAUGUUGUUUGUUCGUGGUCUUGGAAAGAGUACUUUGGGAUUGUCUUAUGGAUUGGUUUUGAGUGAGUUGGUGAUUUCGCCUGCCAUGCCUAGUACAACUGCUAGGUCUGGCGGCAUUUUCUUGCCGAUUAUUAGAUCAUUGGCUGUUUCAGUUGAUAGUCAUCCGAGGGAUGUAACUUCGAGGAAAUUGGGCGCUUAUUUGAUUCAAUCACAGCUUCAGUCGGCUGGUAACUCAAGUGCACUUUUCCUGACUGCUGCAGCUCAAAACUUGCUCUGCAUAAAAUUAGCUCAGGCUCUUGGCGUCCAAAUUCCAAGUGUCUGGACUUAUUGGUUCAAGGCUGCUUUCCUUCCCGCCAUUUUAGCUAUCGCGGUCACUCCACUCCUUGUAUAUAAGCUCUACCCUCCAGAAAUUAAGAGCACCCCGAAUGCUCCUAUCAUGGCUGCAACGAGACUGAAGGAGAUGGGUUCUCCAUCUCUGGAUGAAUGGCUGAUGAUUGGAAUCAUGAUAGUGACUGUUGUCUUAUGGAUGGCAGGAAACGCUCUGAAUAUAGCAAGUGUUCUAGCAGCAAUGAUGGGCCUAUCUAUGCUUCUGCUUUUCGGAGUAAUUGAUUGGGAUGAUUGCCUGAGUGAAAAGUCGGCAUGGGAUACCUUAGUUUGGUUUGCGGUUCUAAUUGGUAUGGCAAACCAACUAACAACCCUUGGUGUUGUGACUUGGAUAUCUGAUGGUGUGGCAAAUACUCUUAGCUCUGGAUCAAUGAGUUUGCCUGCCAAAUUUUUUGUAAUGCAGGCAGCAUAUUUCGGUAUACAUUAUAUGUUUGCUAGCCAGACUGCCCAUGUUGGAGCUUUGUUCUCCGCGUUUCUUGCUAUGCAGUUAAAAUCAACGGUGCCUGGUCGCUUAGCAGCACUCGCGUUGGCUUACAACACUAAUCUUUUUGGAGCAUUAACUCAUUAUAGCAGUGGUCAGGCUGCUGUGUACUUCGGAGCUGGUUAUGUCAACCUAAGAGAUGCUUUUAAAUUGGGUAUUAUUGUGGCCCUUGUUAACAUAGCAAUCUGGGUAGCAGUUUCAAGUUUUUGGUGGAAGCUCGUGGGGCUAUAUUGACCCGUCACUCCUGUUUAUACUUUGUUGAUCGGUACAAAGAAACUGAAGAAGAAGUUAAAAGCUGAAGAACUGUAAAGAAUUUACUUUUCUGUUUUAAAUCACAGUUAUAGAAGACAAACUGUAGUUUUCAGGGGUAGCUAGCAUGAUCCCCUUAAGUUUAGUUUGGGAUCCAAUUCCAAUUUCUUAGUGUUUUUUAACUGUUAAAAUAAAUAACUGGAAUUUAAAUUAUGAAUUAUAAUAUAUAUGUAGUUUUAAAUCUCCAAUUCCAAUAGUUUGUGUA